AUGAACCGUGAAGUGUUGAAUUCGCUCUCUGUUGAACAGAGAAAAAUCAUCGAAAUAAACUACAGACGGGUGAUGCACAAGGAAAUAACUCCAUCGGAUUUUUUUGAAGAAUGCAAGCGGCUACUAGGACCUGUAACAUUUUCCCUGCUCUUUCCCGGGCAUGCUCCUCAGUACGUGUCGUACACGCCCUCACCACGCGAAGUGCAACACUAUCAGCGUUUCGAAAAAGACCGGGAGGUGGAGCAUGAGGAGCAGUACCAGCAAAAAGAGAUUAAGACGGAGCGUCUUCAGGAUAUCAUUGAGUAUGCCGGUGUUAAUUUAAAGGAGGAGCAAGAAAACAUAGGACGUGAGAACAUGGUUGACCAGGAAUUGGAGAUAAACGAAGAAGAUAGAAGGAACAGCCUGGAAUAUUUGUUUGAUGUGGAGAUUUUUGUUCAGUAUGCCAAUUUCAUCGCACGAAAAAGAGGAAUGGAGGUGGAUGAUAGCGCGUACCACGCAUUAUUUCUGGCUCUGAAGCGGAAGUUGACCGAAAUAAUAGAGAAAAUGGUGAAAGCCUGUGAGUUCAGAGUAGAUUAUAUAAAAAGCGAGGCCGUGACAAAGAUAGAAAACGAUAUCAGGAGACAGCUUUGGGUUCUUGAGGAACAGGAGAGAAAGGAAAUUGAUAAGACGCUUUGUAAAAAGGGGGUAGAUGACGAGGACUCGCAGAAGAAGAAGCUGAAGAAAAAUGUGCAGGAAAGGGAAGAUUUGAUUAUCAAAAAGCGGCUCUCUAACACGGUUGCACUCGCAGCGCUGGGAAUUCAGCGAAAGUCGUGGAUGAACACAGACGAAGCGAUGGGAAAACCAGAAAAGAAAUCGCUAUUUCAAUCGUUGUACUCGCCAUAUAAUGAAAAGGAGAUGGAGAAGAAAAUUAUUAAUAGAAAGGUCAUUUUAGACGAUUUCAUUUAUGUCUUAGAAAGGGAUAAGCGAUACAACAAAUCAGUUUUUACCAUCAAAGAGUAUUUCAAAAAGUAAAAAGAUCUGCUCUGCAUCGCGUAUAGGCGCAUGAAUGUUCUUUCCUCCAUUUCGUGCCUUCUUUCCACGAAUACACUAGAAAAUGGUAUUGUGUUCAUUGGAGAGAUCAGUCACCUAACCAUGGAAUAACAUUUUAGUUGUUGAUAAAAAUGUUUAAAACACGUCAGACCGUUUUUUGUUCAUGUCUGGUACGAAGAAAAUGGCGUUCAGGUCAAAAAGUUUUUGAUCUUUCCACAGAAUGUCUUGUUGUACUAUUCGUAUGUUUUGUACGCUCAAAUACGUUAUUUUGUCGACCGAGCAUUUUCAUUUGCUCAUCAAAAAUUUACUCAAAUAAAUUUUAAUACUUUU